AUGCGUCCCAGGGGUCUCUCUGCCGCCUCUUCCGUCUCCUCAGUUCCUGACCAAGAUCAGGAACUGGGGAGCAUGUACGAUUACCUAGCCAAGGUAAUUCUCCUGGGACCCAGUGGUGCGGGGAAAUCCUGUGUGCUGCACCGAUUCGUCAAGAAUGAAUGGCGAGUGCUGUCAUCACAGACUAUCGGAGUCGAAUUCUCUUCCCGCAUCAUUAAACUAGGCACCGGUUCAAGACGGAAACGCAUCAAGCUCCAGCUUUGGGACACGGCCGGCACGGAACGUUUCCGAUCCGUAUCUCGAUCCUAUUAUCGCGGUGCAGCCGGUGCCAUUCUCAUUUACGAUGUCGCCUCCUACCCUUCCUUCGCUGCUCUUCCGACCUUCCUGAUGGACGCGCGAGCCCUGGCCUCCCCGAACUUGACUGUCUUGCUAGCGGGGAACAAGGCCGAUCUCGCCGAUCAAACCUCCGAGGUCCCCGACGAGUCCACGCGACCACCACCGACGUCGUCGAGUAGCUCCAGCAAACAGUCCUCGUUGCCCUUCGACGCUAACAGCUCCAUGCGCUCGACGAACUACCUGGGCGCGGGAACCCGUAUGACUGCGACAUUCGCCGAGGAUCGGGAGGUGAGCCGGGAGGACACGGCUCGUUGGGCGGCGCAAUCGAAUAUCCCAGUCGCUGUCGAGGUCUCCGCUCUGACCGGUGAAGGCGUGGAGGAGAUCUUUCAUCGACUUGCGCGAAUUAUACUCACGAAAAUUGAGUUGGGUGAGAUUGACCCAGAUGAUCCCCAAAGUGGCAUCCAGUAUGGGGAUGGAGGACUCUAUGGCCACGGUACCAGCGACGCCUCGAGCAUUCGGAGCAAAGCCACAUUAGAUGAGAAUGCUCUGCCUCUUCAUCGAUCCUCGCGGCGGCGAGGCAACAGGCCUGGCUCGGCAGGCUGGAAGGGUGGCAUGAGAGAAUGGGAAGAUGUGUUUCGCUUGGGUGGUACUCAGUCCCGGCGAAACAAAGGAUGUUGCUGA